UACUCCAACUCCUAGCUAAACACUACGUGCGUGUGUGUGCGCAUCGAUCUCCCCCCCCCCCAUUCGAAAAUGCUUCAAAGCACGAUCGGGCAGGCGCAGCGCUUCAAGAAGCGCGAGCGCACCCAGAACUGGGCGUACGAGGAGAAACACUUUCUGCUCGAGCUCUGCCGCAAGGAUAUGCACAUCAUCGAGAACAAGCGGCUGGACAGUGCGCUGACAACGCUGAAAAACCGAGCCUGGAAGAUCAUCCACCAGCAGUUUGCGAUCGCGUUCGGUACGGACCGGAACUGCAACCGGCUGAAGGAGCAGUGGCGCCGCAUGAAGGCCUGCACGCGGGCGGAAAUGCUUGACUACCAGCAGCGGAUACAGCGAUUCGGGCAGGAGGUGGCCGACCGCAAGAAGCCGAGCCAGUUCACGUUCGAGAUCUGGGACUUUAUGCAGGAGGCGAAGAAGGUGUGCAAGAACGAGCUGAUGGACGAUGUGGACUACUCGAAGAUGAAGCUGUCGCUCGAGGAGAACCUGCCGCAGGGUGUGUCGAUAAAGGAUUGCAGCGACGAGAACGACGACGAAAGCUCGUCGAUGUGGGAUAAAACAUCACAAAAUCUGUGCGAGGUGCAAAUUAAGGAAGACUCCCAGGACGAGCUGGACGAUUACGACAAGGGUCCGUCGGCCAAAUACCCGCGCCUGCGGGGGCUCUCGAGCACUUCGUCCCCGUUCGGCACACCGUCGUCGGCGGCGGAUGCGGUGCAGAGUCGGUUCAACGAGCUGAUCGCGUCCAGCUUUGCGAGCCGUCUCGCCAACAACAGCGAUCAUCACCAUCUCAGCGGAACCGGCGGAUCCGGCAGCAACCACAACAACAAUAACAACAACAACAACAACACGGCCAGCGGGAACAAGCUGCUCGAAAGCCUUGACGCCUACCACCGGACAGCGUUUGGCAGUGAGUCGAGUUUGGCCGAUCUGACCGCACACGGAGGCGGCAAUGCCAGCGCUAACCUCUCGCAGAUGGAUCUAAACAACACGCUCGAGGCGCUCAACAUGCUAAAGUCGCGGUUCAACCGCAUCAUGGAGCCAGGCUACUGGAAGAAUGCAAUGCAGGAGGCACACAAUCUCACCACGGCUGGCCACCAGCAGGCACCACCGGAUUCACCGACCGGAAUGGCGCACCACAGUGCUGCGGCAUCGGCGGCAGCAGCAGCGGCAGCCAAUCAACUUCUGCAGGGUCUCGCAAACGGUGCCGCAAACGGUGCACUCAUCAACGAUGACGAUCACGAGGCGAUGGUGGCGGCGCACCAGCGGGCCGCAGCAACAGCAGCAGCCACGACGCCUCCACCGCCCGCCAGCAGAAGUGCGAGCGCCGGCAUGAAGAAGCAGAUGGAGACGCAGCACCACCAGAGCGAGCACGAUCUGCGGAUGCAGAUACUGAAAACGGAACUAGAAACAGCUAAAAUCAACAAAGAGACCGCCGAGCUGAACCGGCAGCUUGCGCUACAGAAGCUCGGGCGGCGGGCAGGCGGCAACAGGACGAGCAGCGUCGCCAGCGCCGGCGACGUGGCCAAUCACUCCGACCGAAGGGACGACGACGAGCUGGAUGUGAUGAUGGAGGACAACACUUCGAGCUCGACCGUGCCCGAGGGCAGACUGGUGGUCCGGUCGCUAUCGUCGAUGGAAGCGGCACCGGCGGUGGUGGCGGCGGGAUCGGCAGCACCUCCAUUGCCACUGUCCGUUCCCUCCUCACCAUCGUUGCCGUUGCACGUGCACAACAUCGAGUAGGGAUCGAGAUUAGGGAUUAUUAGGGGAUUAUCAGGACAGCAGAGGACUUCCAGAGCCACCAAAGGCAAAUCGGCGCAUCGGAAUCGGGUCGGUUAGAAUUUAUUUAUCAUUCCGCAAAACAAACAGUGUGUGUGUGCAUGUGUGUGGUACACCAAAAGCCUCGUGCACGUGUAUCGGAUCGGUGGGUUGCGAUCGUUUUAGUGUAAAAAAUAAACAAAGUUGCUCCCAUUUAGCA